AUGUGUUGCUGUACAUUUCCUGACUUUCUCCUGAUGCUACUAGCUUUCAUAUUCCCACCAGCCGCUGUGGUGAUAAGGUCGGGAAUAGCCUCUUCUGAUCUAGUGCUGAAUAUGCUUUUGACCAUGUGUGGGUUCGUACCCGGCUGUAUUCAUGCCAUAUACUAUAUUUCGAUGACUAGUCCACUAAGAAAUGAUGACUACUCAACCAGAUACCAACAAGGCUGGAUAGACAGCGAAAGACUUGUUUCCAGUAAUAGCGACACAAGGCCUGUACCACUGGCCACUCACGAUCCAACCCCACAAGUUGAAUCAUCCCAAGGGGAAACCCCACAAGCUACAAAUGAUGAAGUAUCGAGAGGUUAUGAUGUACAAACACCUCUCCUCAACGAUCCUGGUUAUAUUGUCGAUAACAAGAAGGGGGGCAUGCCACCUCCAUAUAGUCCCUGA